AUGCUUUAUUUCAGAGACAGAUCAUCUGUGAAGCAGAGCGGCUGCCUACAACUGGAUCGGCACGCCGCUCACCCACCGGUCUUCAUGGAGGCGCGGUGUGAAAGGAGGAUGCAGUUCAUUUGCUACCAAGGUAUUCAAGCAUUGGCUUCACUGCCAGCGACACCUAGCGACGACAUCUAUUAUUACGUGCUAGUGAAGCAGCUGUUAUACUGGCAGCAUGCUUACGACAACUGCUUGAAAAUGAACGGGACCCUCGCUAGUGUGGACAAUAAUGAUAUUUUGAUACAAUUGCUACUGGUCAUGGGAGAGAAUAAAGAUGAACCAAUUCAUCACAUUUGGAUUUCCGGUCGUCUAAACAUGACAAGAGAUACAUCAGAUGCAGUGAGUUAUUCGUGGCACAAUCCAAACAAUGGAAAGAAGAUUUACGACCCAGUACAUUUCAAUGAUCCCGCUUUUGCUUUGUAUAUGCCUCCAUGGCUAGAUGAAGAGUUCUCCAUGGAUAAUCCCUGCCUAAACCUGGAUAGGCAGGAUCAUCUCAACGGCUUGGUGUAUGGGCUGCCUUGUGACACGCCGCAGUAUUCCAUUUGUAUGAUUGAAAAAUCAAUCAAAUCUUCAAUGAUGGAGAAUGCCACCGAUGGAUAUGAAACCUCAAAAUGAAGAUAAUUAUAAAGUAUACAUGAAGAAU